AUGGAAGGACCGGCCACGUGUGAAUGCGAGGUCUGCGCAACAGGCAAGGCAAAGAGGCAGGUCUCCGUGAGAGCCCACUUUACGACCCAGAGGGCCGGUGCUCAAUUUAGCUUCGACUUACACCCAGGCCCGGUGGCCGGAUUCGGGGGUGAAAAGUACUUUGCGCUAUUCACAUGCAUGACGACCGGAAUGAGGUUUUAUUAUGCAUUGACGAACAAAACGAAGAAACUAGUUCAGUACGGGAUAAAACUGAUCAACCUGGCUUCUGACGGAGAAAAAGCCCUUCUAACAAAGGAGCUAGUCAAAUUCAUCGAAGGAUUGGGCAUUCGGGUCUUCCAGUCAGCUCCAUCCACGCCCACGCAAAAUGGGCAUGCAGAAAGGUCCGGGGCCGUGGUCAAAGAAAGGGCCCGGCUUAUGAACCUGGACUCCCGCAUCCCGGAGGAGCUCUGGACCGAGACCUACCGCACAGCACUGGAGAAGCCCACACGAACGAUGGUGGACCCAUAUGAGGGACCACAACCUCUAUACGGCCACAUCAAGCGAGUCCAGCCGAGCAUAAAUCACCUGCGUGUCUUCGGCUGUGUGGCCUACCCAAUGGCAAUCACUGCGUUGGAGCAUGUAAAGUCACAUAAGACGCAGUCCCCGCUUGAGCAGAGAGCUCAUAUCGGUUACCUGGUGGGCUACAGAUCGACCCAUCAAUAUGUCGUGUGGAUACCCUCGAUCCGCCAGACCAAACUGAUGGUCUCGGCGAAUGUACAAUUUGAUGAGUCAACAAUGUACGAUCCGAAGAGCGAAGAGGACGCGGAAGCUGUCCAGGUCUAUACAUACGAUGUUCUUCGUCAAAUGGUGGCGAUAGACGUCCCUGACGACGAAGACAUAGAGGAAGCAGGGUGCGCAGUUACUCAGUAG